AUGGCGCCUAACAACACCCGAGACAACUUCAACAGCCAGCGCAUCAUCAACCAAGACAACAGCCCCAGUGCCCUGGCAGAGCGUCCUCCGACUGCUAACCGGCUUGAGCGAACCAAUGGCCUUUUCCGCCCUUACACCCCGUCGACCCUCGCAACCCUCAACCAGGACGACUCUCCAACUCCCGCCUUACACCAUGGCUCCCGAGUACAGUCUCUCCGCAACCAGUCGGCAGUUCCUACGCCAUGGCCAGUACCCACCCCUCCCUCCAUCGGCGACAACUCUUCUCCUUGGGUCCGUUUGGAUCCAGUCCCUCCCUUGGCCUACAACGGCAGCUCUAGAUCGUCCACAUCUGCCCCCAAUUCGAACUCGCUUUUCGGAAUCUCUGGAACAUCCACCUCCAGAUUCAUCGAGAAUGGGGUGAUUCUCACUCCCUCAUCGUCCGGCAACUUGACACCUACCUCGGGUCCUCAAUACCCAACCCGUCCCCCAAGGUCGACUUCGAAUGCUACCAAUGCAUCUUCCGAUAGCAACACUACCACGGUGGCCAACCCAGGCCUUGGCCUGAGCCGAUUGUCCAUGAGCUCGGGUCCUAGAUCCCAGUCUGGUGCUGCGAAGUCGGCUACGGAAGACAUCUUUGAUUCUUCCGAUUCGGACUCAGACUACGACUCCGACUCCGAUCGCGAGCUCGUUAUAAUGGGCAAUUCGAGCUCCGUCCGCGCCAAUGCGUCGGUUCCCACAGCCGUCGAGAAUGCUCCGCUUCGGCACCACAUGGCGCUUCCGCCUAUUAGAAGCCCUUUGUCGGCGCUGCCUCCGGGGCCUCGGGGAGUUCCCUGGCACAACUUUAGUAGGCUUCCGCAUCCAUUGGACCUUGUCCCCAUCAGACACCGCAGACGUCCAUCUUUCCACUCCUCAGACGAGGAAGCAAUGCCCAUGCCCAGUCGUCGCAUCGCAGGUUCAUGGGAGACUCGCCUGGCACGUUCACAAGCUAGAAUGCAGGCGGCCACGGCCAACUCGCAGCCCUCUGGAUAUCCGCAUCGCCCCCGUCAGUAUGGCCCUCCCAGCAACGCCACCUCUUCCCAGCCAAACGAAGGUCGACAGCCGCAGGGUUUCCGCCCUACUUGGGCUGCCAUGCGUGCCAAGCAGGGCCAGGCCAAGGGCAACGACAAGGAUAGGGCCGCGCUCAAGGCCAUGUACGGCAUCUCGCCCAACUACGCCGGUGACCCGACCAUCGAACGCAACCGUUCCGCCGACAUCCCAGACAGCGAGAAUUGCGCCCUUUGGAUUACCUUCCUUCCGCCCGACGUCACUCACCGUGAGAUUCUCGCCGAGAUCCGCAACAUGGGUCGCAUUUGGAGCGUGGUCAUCAGCGGCCCCGAGCCCGCGAAGAACCACCACACCGCGGCUGCCAAGGUGGUCUUCUUCGAGCUCGGCGCCGCGCAGAAGUUCUACGCCAUGAGCUGCAACCCCGCGCGCCGCUUCAAGGUCCGUGGCCACGUCACCAAGGUCGAGCUCAACCGCAUCAAGACUGCCCAGGACAACCGCCGCAACAACUCUCGCGUUCUCCGCAUCAAGGGCCGCCCCGAUGUGGUCAACAAGGAUGCUCUCACUGCUUACUUCAAGCAGAAGAUCACCUUUGAGGUUGACGAGGUCAUCACCAUCGUCAUGAACGAGGACAUGGGCGACGUGGAGUACCGCUUUGGUAGCUUCGGCAACCAGGCGGAGUUGGCAUACCUGGCUCUGCAGCGCGAGUAUGAUGUUGGAGGGAUUCAAUCCCCCUACUGGGAGGUUCAGUACGGCCACGACCCCUGCGCGCCGCAGCCUAGCGCUUACAACUGA